AUGGUUCAUGGUCCAUGUGGUCAUUUAAAUAUUAAGAGCCAGUGCAUGAUCAAUGGUAAAUGCUCAAAGUUUUUUCCCAAAGCAUUUAGAGAUAGGACAAUUAUUGACAAAGCAGACUUUUCAAGAUAUCAAAGAAGAGAUAAUGGGCGAAUUGUAUCAAAGAAAAUUGUGGAGGUUGACAACUCCUUCAUAAUUCCAUAUAAUGCCAGUCUUCUUCUAAAAUUUAGAUGUCACAUCAAUGUUAAGUAUACUUGCCAAACUUCAUCAAUCAAAUAUCUGUUCAAGUAUCUUCACAAGGGUAAUGACAGGGUGAUAGCUACAUUUUAUCAAAGCAAUGGAUCUCAGGUAGAUGAAAUAUGUAAUUAUUAUGAUUGUAGAUAUAUAUCAGCAUGUGAAGCUGCAUGGAGAUUGUUUGGUUAUCCUAUUCAAAUGAAGGAACCAGUAGUAAUAAGAUUGCCAUUCCAUUAUCCUGAUGAUAUGCCAAUUCUCUACAAAGAUACUGAUACAAUUCAAUCGGUUGUUGAAAUUUUUUUCAAGAAAUCUAUGUUGAUUGGAUGGUUCAAAGAAAAUGAAGAGCAUAUUGAUGCAAGAAAUCUGACUUAUUUUGAGUUUCUGACAAAAUUUGUUUGGAAUGAAAAACAUCAUAUGUGGACUCAUAGAAAGCAAGGGUAUGCCAUAGGAAGGAUAUCUCAAAUACCACCAAUGAAUAAAGAAGAUUACUAUCUAAGGCUACUUGUGAAUAUUCAAAAGGGAUGUACGAGUUUCAAUGAUCUAAGAACAGUUGAUGGUGUGGUUUAUAACUCCUUCAAAGAUGCAUGCUAUGCACUUGGACUAGUGCAGAGCUGUGCAGGAUGA